AUGCUGUCUUCGCGCGCAAUCCUCCACCACAACGGCGACCCCAAGACUGCGCGCGUCCAGAGCACCGAAUCUCCCGCCAAAAGCGCCUGGCUAUCGCUCAACAGGUCUGUCCUCGGAUUACGUGUUCACCCAUUCUAUUGCCUUUUCCUCCGCAGCUCUUCGGCCUUCUGCCCGUCUCUCAAGUCCUUGCCUUUCAUCGACAAAGACUCGGCUGAAAACCGACUUUCGGCCGCUCUGUCCGACGACUCGUCGCCCGUCCAUUUGGUGGCCAUUCACAUGGCGCCCGACGCCGACGGCCGCUUCGGAUUCAACGUGAAGGGCGGUCACGACCAGAACUGUCCCGUUCUCGUGUCACGUGUCGCGCCCAACACACCCGCAGACAACGCGAGUCCGCGACUGCGCGAAGGCGAUCAGGUCAUGACAAUCAACGGCUCUGACGUCACGGGCCUUUCCCACGAACAGAUCGUCCAACUGAUCCGCUCGACGCGCGACUCCGGACCCGACGCGCAGCUCGUGCUCCAAAUCCGACCGAACGUGUACGCGCGCGACGCCCUUCUGCCCGAAGAGCCGGCCUUUCAGUACAUUCCGGCCGACGCGUCGCCCACUUCUCGACCGGAAGUUUUGGACGCUUUGUCCGAAUCGAUGGCUCUCUUAGAAGAAGGACUCGAAAGCGGAAGUCUUGUCCUUCAGUUCGAACAACUGAACCGCAAGAAGAACGGAGAGUCCAUGUCGUGCGCGCGUCACUCCGACAACCUCUCGAAGAACCGCUACCGCGACAUCUCGCCCUGUGAUCACGUGUCUCUGCCCUCCUCUGACGUCAUCUCUCUGUCUGCAGACGACUCCACGCGUGUCGUUCUCAACGACUCUCUGACCGGCGAUUACAUCAACGCGUCGUUCGUCACAAUGCAAGCGCCGCAACAAAUCAAUCGAUACAUCGCCACUCAGGGACCCCUCCAGGAGACCACUGAAGACUUCUGGCAAAUGGUUUGGGAGCAGAACUGCCCUCUCGUCGUGAUGGUGACCCCUCUCGAGGAAAAGGGCCGCAAAAAGUGCCACAAGUAUUGGCCCGAAGCCGAUGACGAACUCUCGGUGUUCGGCGCUCUGCGCGUGCGUCUCGUCUUCCAGAGCGACGACUCGGCGACGACAGAGCGUCACUUCCGGCUCUGCGACCAAAAGGUGUGUUUUCGCGCCGUUUGCGUGUCUUUCAUCUCACUCUCGCCCUCUCGUAGACUUCGGAGGAGCGACUCGUGCGUCACCUCCAGUACCUGGCCUGGCCCGACCACGGAGUGCCCGACAAACACAACGACUUCCUCGAACUCAUUUUCGCCGUUCGUCGCCUCCGAACGGAAUUCCCGGACCACCCGUUCGUCGUGCACUGCAGGUAAGACCAUUUUGUCGUUUGCCGCCAACCCCUCUCUCACUGCCACCACUGCCAACCCCAGCGCCGGCAUCGGACGGACGGGAGUUCUCAUUCUCAUGGAGACGGCGCUGUGUCUGAUGGAGGCCUCGGAGGCGAUCCACGCGCUGGAUCUGGUGCGCGAAAUGCGCGAACAGCGGGCAAUGCUCAUCCAGACGUCGGCGCAGUUCCGGUUCGUGUGCGAAGCCCUACACCGCGUGUGGAAAGAGAGACUCGCGCUCUCAACAGUAGUAUUCAAAGACUAGUCAAAAAAGUCAUUCAUUUGUAAAUAGUUUUUAUUUUUACAUCAUUUCUACACAUUUUCCUAUUUAUCUCUCAAUAAACUCUCAAACCAUGACUUUCGCCUCUUUCGCCCAAUUCUUGAU